UUGAUGUGUUUUAUCAAAUUCUACCUACUGGUUUUGUUUUAAACACUGGUUAUUGGCCAUUCUUCAAUUCACUGAAAAAGCAAUCUAUUUGCGUGUGUGGUCGCUACGGCAUGUAUUGUCGACAUUCGAGGCAGCAAUAUCAUUGGAUUGAUUUGGACAAAUUGACUUUUGAUAAUUCCAUUGUUUUUAAUAAUGGAACAGCCGCGAUGCUAACGCUUUUGGAUGCCGGGAUUGAAUUGACACCCAUAACGACCGGAAUACUCGGCUACAGUAUCAACAUGAAAUUGACCUUUCAAUACAAAAAAGGCGAAAGAGGAAGACCAAGGAGAAUCAGAGAUGUGAACGCAGAUGGGGUGUUUCGCGUGCUACUGUGCAGCAGCUAUUCACUCCAAAAAGAAUACUAUCCAGCUUUGCACUGCAUUAUGUUUCAACCGAGUCCUUUCUUCUACGAAACAUAUGGAAGCCAGUUUCCCAAAUUACUGCAAGCCAGAGAAAGGUUUGGGCCAACUCCAAAAGACAUAAAGCAAACAUAUUAUACCGUACUGGUUGAAAAUAUGCCACCUUUUACUUUGGUGCUGCAGUGCGUCAACGUGCCGAUUUAUCGGGUUGCGGUUUCCCCAAUUCCUGCCACGCUAUUUUAUCUAGAUCCGCUCAAACCCAAGAAGUCAUCUAGAUCCAAAGGCACUCAAACAGAGAAUUGUGACGAUACUGAAGUGUGGAGAUACCGGGAAUUGAUCGGUAACUUAAAACCACUUUGGAAUGAAUCGAUGUCAACCUCUUGCGAGUCCCUCUAUAGAAAACCAACUGAGAAAUUGAACGAUCUGUUCCAAACCUAUAUUCUGAAUGACGAAGCGGUUGAUUCCACAUAUUCCUUUCGGAGUACUGUUGUUAAACAGGAACCUGUGGACUUUGAUCAAGCGUCUGAUUCUCAAUCAAAUUUGCCUUUAGGCGAGUGGCAGUUUGAAAAGGCGGUAUCGAGAAGGAAAAUCAGAAAUAGAAUUCAAACCGUUCAAAAGUUGGAGACCACAGCACCGAACACCAAUGGCAUAUCAUCAAGUCAGAACCACCUAACUAGUGCUCCAAGUACGUCAUAUGCAGCAGUUGUGAAAUCUUCAGCAGCUCCAAAAGCUGAUUCUAAAAGCAACUUAAAUGAGAAAGUUAUCAAAUAUGACUCUUAUAGAAAGGACCCAGAGUUUCAAUGGCUGGACACUCAAUUCCCGGAUUUACCAAACACUCAGACCGAAAAACCGGCAAAAAUUGAUGAAAUUUUUGAUAUUGCGGAAGAAUUCAUCAGCCAAGAGAUAGGCAUUAACAAUAUUUAAUUCAUUUAGUUUUCACCAAUUAAUCACAGUUAUUUGUUAAUCAUGUUGAUAUAAUGUCUAUAUAAAAUAUUAUGAAUUUUUAUUUUCAAUGAAGUUGCACAGGCGAAAUUCACAUCGCGUUCGACUAACUUCUGUCCUUAUGUAUUUCUAAAAUCUAUCGGUUUCCAAGAUAUUGACCAGGUAGUAUUCUGUUUAAACCAAAGAAAGUGAUGGAAAAACUACUAAACUGUAAAUUUUAAGUCAUAAAUAAUUGUUAAUAUGGCAGGUUUUAGGAACAAGAAGAAACAUUAACGCCCUGUUUUUGAGAAACGAUCGGAGUUUUCAAUUUAUUGUAAACCAUUGCGCAAA